AUGGAUGAAAAUUUCAUUUGUUCAAAUUCUGAAGCAUGUCUUCAAUUUAUUCAUUAUAAGUUUGAUUAUUAUAAAAACAUUCUCGAUGAUGAUCAACAGACAUGUGAUAAUGCAAUUGCUUUUAUUAGACAACAAGCAUGUUUAUACAAUGGCGACGAUGAUGAUGAUGAUGAUGAUGAAAAACCUCGAUCAAUAACUGGAUUUGAUAGAAUUCAAUUAGCUAAUCAAUUAGAUUAUUUUGAACAGGAAGCUUGCAAAACAAGUGAAGAAAAUAAAACAUGCUUAUUUAAAAUGUUCCAAAAUUUAUUCAAUUUACAUCGUCAAGGUGCUUUUGAGAGAGUGCGAAUCAGUGAACAUCAAAUAGCUGAAUCAUUCCAAUAUAGACCUUCUGUGUUAGCUAAUAUUGAAAAGCUUCGUCUUCCAAUGAACAGUAUAACAUCUUCUUCAUCUAUACAUUCCGAGAAAAAUCAUGCCACGUUUACUGCAACGCCAACACCGAAUACCUCAUUGGCAACUCCAGUUCGUUCAACAAGUUUUAGCAAUCGAGCUGAUAUUCAAGCUUUUCAACAAAAGAAAAAUCCUGUUUCUCUGAAAAUACUUCCAGCCAUUGAAAGCAAUGAAAUUGAUUUAACAAAACUCAUUCGAGAAACCAAUCAAAAUAAAACAUCUGGCGAUUUUCAAUUUUCGAAAAUGUCACAACAUUUACGACAACAACAACAACAACAACAACAACAACAACAACAACAGAAAAAAACCACUAUGACAUUGUCAAAGAAAUUAUCUCACCAAUCGAUAUCAUGUGAUGACGCUUUACUUGUCGGUGCUAAUAAACGAUACGUUCUUCUUUAUAAUAUGAAUAUUUCAAGCAUACUUUAUUUAUUUGACACGCAAACAAAUGAAAGCAAAGAAAUUCUAUGGGAUGAAGGAGAUAUUCUAUCAAUUGGCCUUGUUGAGAGUAAUAUAUUCUAUAUUAUAACUUCAACAAAAAUAUUUCUUUAUGAUAUAAUUAAAGAAAAUAUAGCUUCACAAUAUUUUCUCUAUGAUACAUUAUAUAAAGAUUUAUUAUUAAUUACGGCAAAUUCAUUUUAUCAAACUCUUUUAAAGCGUAAUAAUCAAAUUCAAUCAACUGUUUAUGAUGAUUAUUGUUAUUAUUUAUAUACAAAAACAAAUAUCAAUCUAACAAAAUUACAUCCUGAUAUUCAAUAUUUUCUUAGUUUUACAGUAACACAAAAAUCAUUAAUAACAUUUCUCAUUGGUGAUUCAAGUGCAUAUCAAUUAUUAGUCUGUGAUGAAAUUCAAAAUUUUAAUAUACUUAAAAUAAUUCCAAUGAAUAAUUCAAUUGAACCAACAAAAAUGAUAACAACAUUUGCCUCGAAAAUGAUAAAUUAUUCGCCCGCAAAAAAUAAAAAAAAAGGGAUUAUUAAAUAUGGUAAACAAGUUUGGUUUAUUUUGGAUAAAAAACGAAACUGUAUCGAUUGUCUUACACACGAAGAAUAUCUAACUAAAAUUGAACCAAGAGGAAAUGAUCAAAUUCAAUCGAUUUCACUCUUUGAUGAUAAACUUAUUUUAGCUUACAAUCAAUUAUCCAUAGAAAUAAUUGAUCUUGACAAGUAUUUCUCUUCUUUUGAAUUUUAG